AUGCACUCCAAACACAUUGGUUCUUUAAACCAUCUUGUUCUUCCUAUUUUCUCUACUCCAUACACUAUGAAUCUUGCAAACUGCAACUGUCUAAGCUCAAGAAACAACAGCAUUUGGUCAAGUUAUGAGAAAAUUGGCAAUGACCCUAUUGUAUGUGUCAAUGAAUUCAUGACCAAAAUGAAUAUAACAAGGUUGAAAAGAUUGUGGAGGAAGAUCAAGAGAGAAAAAAAUAGGAGAAUUUUUAGAUCAUCUUUACCUGUGUUUCUAUAUGAUCCUAGCUCUUACUUACAAAAUUUUGAUGAUGGCUAUUCCACUGAUCCGGAUAAUGUUUCAAGAUCAUUCUCAGCUAGAUUUGCAGCACCCUCCAAGAUUUUUGUAAAGAGUAUUAUUCAAGUGAUGGAUGAUGAAGAUAUAUCGGAGAUAACAGAUGAAAGCUAG